AUGCCUUCAGAGCCAGCUGCUCGUCUCAUCAGCCCUGGCGAGCUCGCACCAGGUCCCAUCAACUCUCACACAGCUGUGAUCCGACCGGGAGUUCACACAAUUCACACAGCUGGUCAGGUCGGGAGUGAUAUCAACGGGAAGACAUCGAGCUCCUAUCCAGAGCAAAUCAAACAAGCUCUUGCAAAUUUGGAGGCAUGCCUGCUUGCUGCAGGCGCAAGCCCUCGAGACAUCGUCAAGCUCACCUACUAUAUCGUCAACUAUGAUCCCAAGAAUCGCCCACAUGCCGAGAUCAUCCCCAAGUGGCUGAAAGGGCUUCGGCCGGUUACCACGCUGGUACCUGUGCCGGCACUGGCAAGCCCUGACUAUCUGUUUGAAAUUGAAGCGGUGGCAGCUGUGAGAGAUCCCAGCACUCUGCCUGCUUUCAUCAGACCGCCCUUGAAGAGCGUGGCAAACGUGGACGUGGUUGUUGUCGGCGCAGGAUUGAGCGGGCUCCAAGCCGCGUACGAUGUGCAGAAAGCCGGCUACUCAUGUGUUGUCUUGGAAGCCCGUGACAGGGUGGGCGGCAAGACCUGGACAGUGCCAAUCAACGGUGGAAAGGGAGGCAUGGACGUUGGAGCUGCAUGGAUCAACAGCGUCAACCAGAGCCGCAUGUGGGCUUUGGCACAACGUUUCGGUCUCGAGACAGUCGAGCAGAAUGUUAAGGGGGACGCCAUGUCGCAAGAGGCUGGACGGUUUCCGUUCGGGGCUCUGCCAAACUUUUCAAAGGAAGACCAGGACAACCUUGCUAUGGUCCGGGACAAGUUCGAGGAAUUCUGCCACACUGUUGACAUCCACUCGCCAUGGGCUCAUAAGGCCUCCUUCAAUGGUCAAUCCGUUGCCGAUUUUGUUCUAUCACUCGGUGCCACUCCCACCACUCUAUCAACAGUGACAAUUUGGACACGAGCUAUGCUUGGUAAGGAUCCGCACGAGGUCAGCGCGCUCUUCUUCCUCGACUACUGCAAGUCCGGCGGUGGCCUUCUCGUGAUGCGUUCCGAUACGUACGCCGGUGGUCAACAUCUGCGAAUCCGUCAAGGCACACAGAGCUUCAGCAAAGGGCUAGCGGCCGCCAUGACCCCCGGCAGCGUGCUCCUGUCAACACCCGUGCGCCGCAUCGAGCAGCUCGGCCAGUGGGCGGCCGUGACGGCACGAGACGGAACUCAGAUCCACUGCCGCAAGGUCAUCGUCUCCGUGCCUACGCCGCUGUACGCCGACAUCGAGUUCAGCCCGCCGCUUCCGGCCACCAAGGCCGGCCUCGUGUCGCAGCUGUCGCUGGGCUUCCUCGCCAAGGUAAUUCUCGUGUACAAGCAGCCCUGGUGGCGCGCGAGGGGUUUCUGCGGCCUGACGCAGUCGUUCCAGGGCCCCGUAUCCAUUGCGCGGGACACGAGCGUCGACAUCGACGGCUCGUACACCAUGACCUGCUUUUGCGUUGGCCAAAGCGGCAUUGCCUGGUCCGCCUUGCCAACGCGCGAGGCUCGUGUGGCUGCCGUGGUGAAGCACAUUGGCGAGAUCUACGGGUCUGUUGGCGGACCGCCGCCAGAGCCGAAGGAAGUGCUCGUGCAGGUUUGGAAUGAGGAGGAAUGGAGUAAGGGCGGCCCGAGUCCUGUCAUGGGACCAGGUGUCAUGGAAGCCCACGGCCAGGCUCUGAGGGAAGUGUUUGGCGCGGUGCACUUUGUGGGCACGGAGACGAGCUUUGAGUGGAAAGGCUAUAUGGAGGGUGCGGUGCGAAGUGGCGAGAGAGGUGCGGAGGAGGUCAUUGAGGCGCUGAGCAAGGAGGAGAAGUCGCUGGGGCUGUUCCAAGCUAAACUUUGA